CAGGAUCGGCGGUCGUUCUGCUUCGUACGUAUCAGUAUCCUUUCUUCCAUGGGAUGCAAAAACGUAUAGUCACACUUUGUAGUUGUGCUUUUGACUAUGUGUAUCUGUUUCCUUAUAGAUCGUGACCUGGUGUGAAUGACAUUGUUGGACCCGGUUUGAGAACUACCAACACAAGCAAUGCUCUUAGAGAGAGAAAAGAGUAAUAAAAGAGAGGAGAAAAGUUUUGUCAAACUCUCAUUGUCUUUGAGAAAGUAAGAUCUAACUCUUUUUUUUUUUUUUUUGGGAUGUUAGGCUUUUGAAGGCUAUGUUUUUUUUUUGCUUUCUUUUCUUUGUUCUUAGAUCAUGUCGAAGGUGUUGAAGUGUUGGACGUAAUAAAUGUUAUUACUCAGCUGCUACGUUUAACUCUUCUCUUACAAGUGUGCUUCAUGAGAUUUAUGUAAAAAUCCGCAAUCUUAUCCAUUUUCUUCUGAUUAAUCUGCAACGUGCAAUUAGUUUGAUCAAAUAAUAUUAGAGAUGGGGUAAAAGGAGAAACAGAGUUGCUUAUGUUGACUUGGAGGAAGAUUUAUCAAACACUCUGAGCUGCUGAGAGGGUUUGCUUUUAUAAAUAUAAGUAGAAUGAUUGUGUUUGUCUUCUUAUAAUCACAGAGUAUUGUACAAGAGAUUAAGGUUUGAACGUUGUAAAAUGACGGUUAUGCUCGUGAGAGAAUCGUCCCUUGCGAUAAGGACGAAUUGUAAUUUGGUUGUUAUCAGGUUGUUGAAAGAUGAGACAAACGAGAAAAAAACAAAGAACAGACUAAACAGGUGUUACGUUUCACAUUGGUUUGGUUGUGGAGCCUUGAAGUUCCUCUAUUUAACCGGUCCAACCGGUCCGGUUGACAAAACUCUGAAAAAGGCGCCAACACGCUUGUUACGUAAACGGUAGCCACGUUUUGAGCACUGCAUGUGCUAAUUUGUCUUCACUGAAAUUCGCAGUCUUCUUUCUUCGCACUUGGGCUUAAGCUUCGUGGAACUAAUUAAUGAUUCGCAUGCAAGGCUAGUGACACCAAGAAGCAGAGAAAAUGAGAAAUCUUUACUUUCUAGUCUUAUUUCCGUUGAGCAUCUUGAUUUUGGUUGAUGCUUCUUUGCAUGUGAAGUAUCUUCCUGGUCUUGAAGGUCCUCUUCCUUUUGAGCUCGAGACUGGGUAUGUGAGUGUUGGUGAAUCUGGAGAUGUUGAGCUCUUUUACUACUUUGUGAAAUCAGAGAGAAAUCCAGAUAAAGAUCCUCUCAUGAUUUGGCUAACUGGUGGGCCUGGAUGCAGCUCCAUUUGUGGUUUUCUGUUUGCAAAUGGUCCUUUGGCUUUUAAAGGGAAUGAGUAUAAUGGGACACUGCCUCCUUUAGAGCUAACAUCUUUUUCUUGGACAAAGGUGGCUAACAUUUUAUAUUUGGAAUCUCCUGCUGGUUCUGGAUAUUCUUAUGCCAAAACUCGGCGUGCUGCUGAGACGAGCGACACCAAACAAAUUCACCAAAUCGACCAGUUCCUUAGGAGUUGGUUUGUGGACCACCCUGAGUUUAUAUCCAAUUCAUUUUACGUUGGUGGAGAUUCAUAUUCCGGGAAGAUUGUUCCAGGAGUUGUGCAACAGAUUUCACUUGGAAAUGAAAAAGGUCUCACACCACUCAUAAAUAUUCAGGGAUAUGUUCUUGGAAACCCUGCAGUACGUACAAACUUAGAACCAAAUCAUAGAGUUUCAUUUGCGCAUCGGAUGGGACUUAUUUCAGAUGAGCUCCAUGAGUCACUUGAAAGAAACUGUGGAGGCAAAUUCUUUAACGUAGAUCCAAGUAAUGCAAAAUGUUCAAAUGGGCUUCUAGCUUAUCAUCAGUGCAUCUCAGAGAUAUACAUAGAGCAGAUUUUGUUACCAAACUGCAAAGUAGAUUAUGUCUUAGCAGACAUAUCACAAACCUUACCAAAUAUCAGAACCAGUCGAAGAAGAGAACUCAAGGAGUUUUCAAGAAAUGAUUCAUCAUCGUUACCUCCUCCAAGCUGCUUUACUUAUAGGUAUUUUCUGUCUGCCUUUUGGGCAAAUGAUGAAAAUGUACGCAGAGCUUUAGGCGUGAAGAAGGGCUUCGGAAAAUGGAGUCGAUGCAACACUCAAAACAUACCAUAUACAUAUGAUAUUCACAAUGCCAUUCCAUAUCACGUCAAUAAUAGCCGUAAAGGCUUCCGCGCUCUCAUCUACAGUGGUGAUCAUGAUAUGAUGAUACCUUUCUCUUCAACUGAAGCAUGGAUCAAAUCUCUCAACUAUUCCAUUGUUGAUGACUGGAGACCUUGGAUGAUGACUAGCAAUCAAGUCGCUGGAUAUACAAGGACCUAUGCAAAUAAGAUGACAUUUGCAACCAUCAAGGGAGGAGGACACACUGCUGAGUAUAAUCCAGACCAAUGCUCACUUAUGUUCAAAAGAUGGAUUGAUGGUGAAUCUCUCUGAAGUUCCUCACUCACUUCUCUCUCUCUCUGUCAAAAGUUUCAUGAGUUGCUUUUGUUUUCGUUUAUGGUUAUUAAGUCAAAAAUUAAAAAUAAUAAUAACCUUUUAUUAUUUCUCAGUCAUCAAUGGUGAAAAACAAAAUCUCAUUUA